UCCAUCUCCCCCACCAAGCUGGACCCCGCUUCCCACCACACCAUCCUCCUCUGCACCGCCAGGGGCUUCUACCCCGUGGAGAUCGAGGUCCGGUGGCUGAAGAACGGGCGGCCGGAGGAGGAGGGCGUGGCCUUCAGGGAGGAGCUCCAGAACGGAGACUGGACCUACCAGCUCCAGGUGAUGCUGGAGACCCAGCCCCAGCGGGGGGACGUCUACGCCUGCCAGGUGGGGCACGCCAGCCUGGAGGCCCCCAUCACCGUCCAAUGGGAGCCCCGUUCCUCCAACUCGGCCAGGAGCAAACUCUGGACGGGGAUCGUGGCAGCCGUGAUCGGGGUGAUCUUCUUUGCCAUGGGGCUCUCCCUCUACCUGAAGUCCAAUUCACUUGAAUACCGAUAUGCCAAACCUGUCAGGAAGUUACAGGCUAUAAAUAAAUGUCUGCUACUGGAAAUUCCUCACCAGAAGUCAGAGUCUUGUCAGCACCUCAGACCAGAGAAGCUGGAACUGGAAGCUGUGAGAGAGGAAGCCAUGAAGAAGAUGGAACCUGAUCUGAAGCUGAAAUGA